CAUCUCAAGCCCGCACACUCCCCCAGGUCCCCUAACGCUGCGUUCGUCCCGCCCCCAAGUGCUUCGUGUUGGGGGGACGAGACGAUCGAGAAAGUCGCCGGCUUUGCCUCCCACGAGUCCGUCGAACCUGCUGCUGCCUGGGCCGCUGGUGAAGCGGAAGCACACAUGACGAACCAGGACGUGGUCGUGUCGGAGAUGGGCAUUGCGGCCGGGGCCGCGCUGCCGGGCGCGAGCCCGGCCCUCCUGGCCUGCCGGGGCGCGGCCGCCGGCGCCAUGUCCCUGCGGUACCUCGACCUGGCCGCGGCGGCCGCGCGCUCGGCCAGCUGCACCUGGGUCGACGCCAUGCGCGCCUCCUCGCCCACCCGCUCCCGCGCCGCCGCCGACGUCGACGAGUUCACGGCAUGGAUGAGGAAGCACCCGUCGGCGCUCGCCAAGUUCGAGCAGAUCGCCAGCGCGUCCAAGGGGAAGAAGGUCGUCAUGUUCCUAGACUACGACGGCACGCUCUCCCCCAUCGUCGCCGACCCCGACGCCGCGUACAUGAGCGACGCGAUGAGAGCGGCGGUGCGCGACGUCGCGAAGCACUUCCCGACGGCGAUCGUGAGCGGGCGCUGCCGCGACAAGGUGCGCAACUUCGUCGACCUCUCGGAGCUCUACUACGCCGGCAGCCAUGGCAUGGACAUCAAGGGACCAAGCUCCAAUCCCGAGUCAGUUUUAUGCCAACCUGCAAGCGAGUUCCUCCCCGUGAUCGACGAGGUGUACAAGGCGCUGGUGGAAAAGACGAAGUCCACGCCUGGCGCCAAGGUGGAGAACAACAAGUUCUGCUUGUCCGUGCACUUCAGAUGUGUUGAUGAAAAGAGAUGGAAUGCUUUGGCAGAGCAAGUCAAGGCAGUGAUCAAGGACUACCCCAAGCUGAAGCUCACUCAAGGGAGGAAGGUUCUGGAGAUCCGUCCGAGCAUUAUGUGGGACAAGGGCAAGGCCUUGGAGUUCCUGCUCGAAUCGCUCGGAUUCGCCAACUGCAGCGACGUCCUCCCGGUGUACAUCGGUGACGACCGCACCGACGAGGAUGCUUUCAAGGUGCUGAGGAAGAGGGGGCAAGGCAUCGGGAUCCUUGUGUCCAAGUGCCCCAAGGAGACGAACGCCUCCUACUCCCUGCAGGACCCCGGCGAGGUGAUGGACUUCCUGCUCCGUCUGGCGGAAUGGAAGCGGAAAUCCUCGGCGCCACCGAUGAUUCGGCCGCGGGUGUAGCUCAGCUCAGGACUCAGCAGCCGGGCGAUCGACUACUAGUCAAUCGAUUGAAUCGGUGUCCAAUCAUGCGAACAUACCCCACCACCACCAAAUUUUUUUCUCUUCUCCUGUCUCUCCCCGUCCCUCCCUCCCUCUCUCUCUCUCUCAGCUCGCUCUGACGAUUCUUCGCUUGUGGUGGCCUCUGAAACCGACUCGUGGUGGUUGCUGCAUUACAUGUUCUUCGAUUCCCUGACCACUGUGUGCUGCGCCACCGAGGAAAAAGAGGCCACACACAAAGCACAACGUCACUGAAAAAAUGUUUUGAGCAUGUUGGCGCUACUGUCGAAUACAGUAACCGUGUCUACUCCAAGGCAAUGUACUACCUCCACAUUCUCGUGUUAUUUUUGUCCCUCGUCGUCGUCCCCCCAUGGGUCUGGAAGGCAUCUGCAAAGCUACCUGCCGUCCUAGAAGUAGAAGAACCUUUGAAAGAAACAGAGAAGGUUCAUCACACUUCACCCCAUGUAACUAGCUAGUAGCUACUGUUCGCGUACGUACGUACCCUCUGUAAAAUGUAGUGAAUGAAAGUAAGAUCCAAGUAAUGCAUGAAUUAUAUAUUCUCUGCAAA